AAAGAACCUUCCACUUGAGAAGCACAAGAGAGAAGACAUUUACCAGUUAAUUGACCUGUCUCAAAAAAUGCUUUGAGAUGAUUACUAAGUUUCUCAUUACUCUAGAUCAUCACAAGAGAAUGGAUCUUACAAACUAAUGAUGACAUCAUUUGUGUGAGCAGUUUGGUGAGAUAAUUGCAACAACAGGUCAUGAAGAGACAAUGGUGAUUGGCGAGAUCGAUUAUUCUGCAAUUCAACUUCAAAGAGAGAACCAUAAGACAUUUACCAGUUUAUUGAUUUGUCUCAAGAAAGGCUUUGAGAUGAUUAUUAAGUUUCUCAUAUGGCUAAGCUUGGUGGCUGUGAUUUGGCUUCAGUCUGUCAAUGGAACAAGCGCCAACUUCCCUGCCUACUCAUCCCAACUUAAGCAUCUCCUCUCCAUGUCCCAGAUUCAACUCAACAACCUGGCCUUUGCCUCCGAUGCAGCGAAACUCUUGGGUUGGUUGUCAGGAAUCGCUGUGUUUUACCUCCCUCUUUGGCUAGUCCUUCUUGUUGGUUCCAUGCUCGGGUUUGUCGGUUAUGGUGUUCAAUAUCUCUUCAUCACAAACCAUAUUUCCUCACUCUCCUAUGCACACAUUUUUUGUCUCACUAUGCUUGCAGGAAGCAGUAUUUGCUGGAUCAACACAGUUUGCUACGUCGUCACCAUUCGUAAUUUUCCAUCCUAUUGCCAUGUUGCGAAUGGACUAACGACUAGUUUCCAAGGAUUGAGUGCUAGAAUCUAUACAGACAUAGUUGAUGUUGCAUUCACUUCUUCAUCGACUGAAAGUGCGCAAGGCUAUCUCCUUCUCAACUCUAUCUUGCCUGUCAUUGUCUCGGUCUUGUGUUCAUCACUAGUUGGAGAUGUUGACAUUGAUGCGGAAGAAAUCACUAGUAUGAAAGGUGGGUUCAUUAUAAUGUUUGUGAUUACAGUCAUUACCGGAAUCUACGCCAUCCUCAGCAGCUUAGAAUCAGUCUCGAGCAAGUUCUCUUCGCACGUCGCCAUCCUAGUUUGUUUAUUUGUGCUUCUAGUGAUUCCACUGACGGAAAAAUUGAGACUGGAAUGGGAGAAGAAAGUAAAGGUGGUAGACAAUAAUAAUGCUAAAGUAGCACAGAAGAGUGGUUUCGAAGAAAAGGAAGCCAGAGAAGUUGGGGUUGUAAUGGAGGAGAUUGGAGUGAAAUCAAUGGUUCAGAGGCUGAAUUUCUGGUUGUACUUUUUAGUGUAUUUACUUGGUGCAACAAUAGGGCUUGUGUUCCUCAACAACUUGGGACAAAUCGCAGAAUCUCGCAAUUACCAGGGAACGUCUAAUUUGGUUUCAUUGUCUUCUUCUUUCGGCUUCUUUGGCCGCCUCAUGCCGUCUCUCCUGGAUUUCUGGUUUUCAAGGUACAAGAUUUCAAGACCAGCUUGUAUUGUGACAUCAAUGGCAUCAAUGGUCAUAGCAUUCUUUUUACUUCUCAGCAAAACAAGCUUGGCACUCUACAUAAGCACAGCAGUGAUAGGUCUUUCUACAGGUGCAAUCACUACACUUUCAGUGUCAACAACCACAGAGCUUUUUGGGACAGAGAGGUUCAGCAUAAAUCACAAUAUUGUGAUUGCUAAUAUCCCAAUUGGGUCCUUAUUGUUUGGCUACUCAGCAGCUGUGAUCUACCAUAAGCAUGCAAAUGGAGCUGGGAAAUGCUUGGGAAUGGAUUGCUAUGCACACACUUUCAUCAUCUGGGGUUGUUUAUGUUUUCUUGGGACUUUGCUAGCUCUGGCAUUGCAUUUUCGGACGAGGGAAUUCUACUCAAACAAGAAGCCGCCAACCUGCUCGAUGCGCAGGUCGUUUCGUGUUUCAUGUUUAUAGAUGAGUCUAUCAAGUAAAGUUUACUGAUAGGAAAAUGUUGUUGAUAGAAACAUUAUAUCCAAAGCAAUGUCUGAUUUGUUUUGUAUAUGCAAAUGAAAAUAAUAAUAUUGUGUUGAUAUAUAUAAGAGAACUCAAUGAAUAUGAA